AAUUAAAUUACAUAUCGUUGGUGGUCCGCUUUAGUGUGUUUGCUUAUAUUUUUGGCUUGAGCCACAGCUAUGGUUUCGCAAUACAACGAACCAAGCCGGCGAGAUUGGUUGGGUAUGUUGAAGUUGAACCAUUUUUUUUCAAAAGAGUAAUGUUGUAUUAAUUUUUUAAAAAAUGACAUUAAUGAUUUUUGAAUAUAAAAUAAACAUGGAUAAAUGCAUAUUCCUAAAAAGAACAUAAAAAUGCAUCUUAAGAUAACACCUGUCUAACUUGCUCCGGUUUAAACGGUCUGUUUCGACAAAUGUAUGUUCGAAGAACUUGAAAAAAAUAUGUAUGUUCACCAUCAACAAAUGUUCUUGGAAACAUCUCAAAUGUAAACAGCUACCUCAAAGCAUCCGCAAGAAUGUUUAGUGUUUACAAACGGCAGAAAGCCACGAGGAUUUUGUUGCUUUUCAGCAUCAAAAGCCAAAAAAAAAAAUGUUUUAUACUCACAGUUCUUUUCUUUUGAUACACACUUACCUAUGGCUUCUUUGUUAUCCUUUCUCUUUGCGUGCCAUAUACAAAGAUUCUCGGCCAACGUCAUUUUUCUCAUUCUUAAAGUUUCAGUUCAUGUGUUCAAAUUAUAUUUCGGAAAAAAUGGACACAAAACUGCAGGUGAAUGAAGGAGUGAAAGAAAAUGAAGAGGAAGAGUUGGCCGCGGUUCUAACGUCGCCCUUGUCGUUGGAUGGUGACUCCGCGAACGAGUAUAGAGCACCGAAUUUGUUACAGCGCAUAUUUAGUCUCUUGAAAAAUGUUCGGCCAGGAUCUGAUCUUACUCGUUUCUCGUUGCCAGCCAUCUUCAACAUUCCGAAAUCACAGCUUCAAUGUUACGGAGAAUCAGUAUAUUGCGUCAACGAUGACAUUCUUAGCCGAUGUGCAAACGGUGGGACCCCGCUUGAACGAUUGGCAUCGGUUAUUGGUUGGAGCAUAUCUAUGUAUAGGCCUCUAAUGUUUGGUGUAGCUCCCUACAAUCCUAUUCUUGGUGAGACUCACUAUGCCUCAAGAGGCAACCUAAAUGUCCUACUAGAACAGGUUUCACAUCAUCCGCCUGUGAGUGCCCUCCAUGCUACAAACGAGAAAGACAACAUAGAAAUGAUAUGGUGUCAAUACGCGAUUCCAAAGUUCCAAGGCACGUCGAUUGAAACUCGUGUGCUUGGAAAAAGAGAGUUGAGGCUACUAAACAAGGGCGAAUCUUACGUGAUGAAUUCCCCGAAUCUUGUUAUAAAGUUUCUACCGGUGCCUGAUGUGGAGUGGUUGGGAAAUGUCACAAUUCAAUGUCGAGAAUCCGGGCUUGAAGCCCAUUUGUGUUACAAAGGCAAUUCUUUUCUAGGCAGAAAAGGAAAUUACAGGUCUGUUAGAGGAAAGAUUGUGUCUUCACCAGAAAUGAAAACUCUUUAUGAGAUCAACGGCCGUUGGGAUAGGAGUGUAACAAUUGAGGAUAUCAGCAACGGGAAAUCAACGGUGAUUUAUAACGCGAAGGAUGUGAUUUCAUCGCUCAAAACGCCUAUUGUCAAGGAACCAAAGGAAUUAUGGGCCAGUGAGUCAGCUGUCAUAUGGUCCAAAGUUAAUGAAGGUAUUUUAAGCAAGUCAUGGGACAAAGCCAAUGAUGCAAAAACAGCCAUUGAAGAAAAGGAGAGAGAACUAGCAAGAAGCAGGAUGUUGAAAGGUGAAACAUGGGUUCCAAAACAUUUUGUAUUAUCCGGUUCCAAGGAGACCGGCGAGUUGGUUUGGGAGGUUGAACCCAAAAAUAUAAAGCUAACCACGGCUCCUAUCGUUGUCCCUCUUUGAUCAUAUAUGUUGGUUACUAAAAUGAAAACUUGUACCUACGUAGCUACACAUAUCCUCUUUCUGCUUAGAGAAGUUGGGCCAUUGCAAUGGCUUUUACAUCACCAAAAAUAGAUAACGGUUAUCAAA